AUGGCGGCUCUUGCGGUUGAGUUUGCUCUCCAUGCCUGGCUCACAGGUGACCUCCGCACUGCGCGUGGUGCAGAGGGUCAGUUUUCGGCUGAGAACUGGGGCGAUAAGGUCAUCAAGCAGAAUGGUGUUCUGUUCCAGGAGAACAAAGUGGAGUCUUUGUUCAAGCGUGCUUCUACUUUGGACGAUGAGCGCAUUUUCCGCAUCAUAGACCAUUGUCGUUCUCUGUGCUCUGACCGUCGGCAGGUGGUCAAGGCACAGCCUAGAGAUGGUGUCCAGGAGGACACUGCUCCAGACUAUGCUGAAUCAGACUAG